AUGCUAUCUCUGGAACUGGGCACAAUAGAUCUGGCUGUAAAUUAUGCUUUUGCUUUGGCGGUAAGACAGGACUUCAUAGAAUGUGAAAGAAAGCUUGACAAUAAGCUAAAGAACGACGCCGAAGCGGACGUUACUAAGAAAAUGCAAUAUCAUGAUUUGAUUUCUAAUAUUAGGCUGCUAGUCACCGUAUUAUUUCCCAAAAUCUUGCAAUAUUAUAGGGAAGAACACUCAAAGGUAAAGACGUCUGAUGCAGAUUCUUUAUUGUUCAAUUUUAAGAGCUGUUUUUUGGAACCGUCUUUGACUACAUUCAGCGGCUCAAACACACCAAGCACAAAUGACAUGAUCAAACAGAUAGAGUCAGAGGAAGACGGAAAUACUAGAAGCUGGUACUCGACCAUCAGAACUAAAGAGGAAGAAGAUUUAGGCAUUAAAUUUUAUCUUAUUUUGAGUAAUACUUUAAACGUCAAAUACCGAUUACAAACAAGCAGCUCGAUCGAAAGGAGUUCAGAAAUCUUGUCGCCUUGUUCUGGACAGUACGUCACAGGGAUAUUUUCCAAAUUUGCAAGCUUUUUUGACUUAAGUGAUGAUUUAACUAAGAGAAUGGAGUCCAUUAAUAAAGAGAUAUUUGGACUGCUGACCGAGCAGAGUAUUUCUAUCGAACAGUCGUAUGAAUACUUUAAAGAGAAUUUAUUAUUACAUAUGGAGCUUUUGAAUUCUGGUCCAAGAUCAGAGAAUAGUGCUACUCUCGUUCGUAAGCUUCGAGAAGAAGGUAACAAUUUAAUGUCUAAUCUGGCGUUUGCGCAAGCAAUUAAGGUAUACACAAAUGCCUUAGACAUUGCUUCUUAUGUUGCUUUAGACCAUAUUCUUCAACUUUUAACCAAUAGAGCUGUUGCUUUCAUCAGUUUGAAUUGCUUUCCUGAAGCAAUAUCAGACUUGAAUCAGGCUAUUUACUUCGAUAGAACCUUCACUGCGGCUUGGACUCAAUUGGGCUAUUGUCAUCUUUAUAUGGGUACCAGUCUUGUGGCUCUCAAGUGUUAUCUAAUUGCGUUAAAGACAGCCACGGGACAAAUUUUACCUCAUAUGCUUUCUAACGAUGAUGCUGCAAUCCAAGGUUACAGAGAUAUGAAAAACAAAUGCAUUCUUCCUCAGUUUGUUCAGAAAUUGACUCAGGCGAUUCAAUUGACUGAAAGGAGAGCCAAUCAACAACGAGAAUCGUCAAGCGAGAUUCUGAAGGUGAUUAACGAAGUUCGUAGAAUACUAGCUUCGUUGAGAUCUAGAGCUUCAGAGGAUAUACGCCAGUAUUUUACUUAUUCUCAAAAUGAGGGUACUAGCUCUUUUAGAUCUGUCGCUAGUCGGACUAAUAGAGCACGUCCAAACAUACUCAGCCAGGAUGUCGCUCAGAACAUGUUGGCAAACAACGGCAUGGAAACGGUGACAGUCGCUACGGCUGCUAGAAACCCACUUGAAAGAAUUGAAACUGAUUUGGGGAAUCCCAAUGCAAGGACCGAUAGACCCAAUACGCGAGAUCAACAAUUACCGACAGAAGCGGGUGCGUCAGAUGGUGUUCGAGGUUUAUUCAAUGACUUUGGUGAUUUAUUUGAAGGCAGAAUAGAAAUUCAAGGCGAGCCUAUAUUUCCGGCUAAUGCGCAACCGAACACCAUAUCAGGUCAUGGUUCUACCGAAAAUGAUACAAACAAUCAGUCCAAUGCUAGGAGCAAUGAAAAUCCAGUGAGAGAUGUCCUUCGCGGUAUUCUUCCGAGUGUUGGAAACAUAUUUUCUCAAGCAAUGGGUGGAUCUGGACACUCAAGUAAUAUCAAUCACAACCAAGACUCAAACUUGAAUGAAACGAACCAACAAUCUGAGGCUAAUACUUCUCGGGAACGAUCUCAUGAGCGUACUUCUCAUAGAACUACAAAUUCUACUGCUGCUCGUCCUGACGAUGACAUUGAUAUGCCAGAAGUGCCAGAUCUCGAUUAA